AACAUUCACAACACAUCACAUAUCAGACCAGGCCUACACAAUCCGCCAAAAGGAGAAUGGAUGAAUGAUAAUUGAAGGAGUGAUGGAGGAGAAAAAUAAAGGAGAGCGAUGGAGCGGAGCGAUGACAAAUCUGACAGAAAUGGGUUCGAAUCUGGAGUCACUCCAGAAGCUUCUUCUCACCAAAGCUGUUUUCGUUGACGACGACACCUUUUCCAAAGCCUCUCUCACCGCUGAACAAGCCCGCACCAUCAAGGUUUUGGAGCAGAGAGUGGAGACUUUGGAAAGAGAACUUGAUGCUGCUAUCACUGCUGCUGCUCGUGCUCGUUCCGAGAAACGACAAGCUGAAGCAUCUCAGAAAGCAGCUGAAUUACGCUCUCAAGAGGUUACUACUGAGCUUGAGAACACCACAAAGGUGUUUGAACUUCACAUGGAAGAACUGCGGGCAAAGCAAGAAGAAAUAGCUAAGCGUGAUAAUGACAUAAAACUUUUGGAAGCUAUUAUUCAAACACUUGGAGGAAAAGUAUGACUUUUUACAAAAAAACACUUGUUCUAGGUGUGGUCAAUACCCUACCCCCUUUCAUUACCAUGUAAAUUGAAUCAUGCUUGUAAGUGAAGAUUGUUAUCUUAAGACUGUAAUAAAUGUUAUUGUUUCUAUA